AUGAGUUCAAAACGAAAGUGUUUGUCAAUUUCGGACAAGAAAAAAAUUAUUGAAGAAAUCGAGAGUGGUAAAAAGAAAAAACAAGUCGCAGAUAGUUUUAAUAUUCCUUUUUCGUCACUUUCUACAAUUUUGAAACAGAAAGAAGCAAUUCUUAAUACAACUGACGCACAAAGUAGCCGGAAAAAGAGACGACUAAGUGAGUUUCCCCGUAUAGAACAAUGUUUAUUCACUUGGUUCAAUCAAGUUAGGCAGCAAAAUAUUCCCGUGAGUGGUAUUUUAAUCAAAGAAAAAGCUAAAAGUUAUGCUGAAAUGUUUGGAAUCUCUGAUUUUAAUGCUAGUGACGGUUGGUUAUCUAAUUUUAAAAAGCGACAUAACUUGGUGUUCAAAAAAAAUUGUGGAGAAAGUGCAAGUGUCGAUGAAGAUAUCUGUAACGACUGGCAGAUGAAACUUCAAGACUUAUUAUGUGAGUACGAUCCGAAAAAUGUGUUCAAUGCUGACGAGGCAGGACUGUUUUGUAAAUGUUUACCUGACCGAACACUAACGUUUAAAAAUGAAAAGUGCCAUGGAGGGAAACUUAGUAAGGAGCGAGUCACUUUACUUUUUGCGGUAAAUAUGGAUGGAUCGGAGAAGUUAAGGCCUUUAUUUAUAGGCAAGUCCGCUAAACAUAGGUGCUUUAAAAAUGUCAAAUCUUUGCCGCUGACGUAUAAAAACAACAAAAAAUCGUGGAUGACAACCAAACUGUGGAACGAAUAG